GAAUGCUUUUCUAUGUAACUGUUGGUUCCAAAAUACUUUUAUGUUAUUAAGUGGACAAUAGGUAUAAUCCUAUAUUGUAUUGUGUGUUUUCACGCUUACUGAACAUACUGUAUAAGCAAAAUAUAAUUCUUUAUCAUGAAUGAAUCAGUUAUUGGCAAGUUGUUCGCGCCUCGAGGCUCUAGCUACAGGUCACCUUUGAAACGUCUAAUAUGUCGGAUCAAUACAAAACAAAAUGACAUUUGAAAAGAACUGUGUAUAUGUAUUUAGCAUUGAGAUCUUGUUUUUUCAAUACUAGUAUAUACACAGAUUAGACUUAUGGUUUUAAUCCGGGAUCUACGGCUAUAUGUUAUACAGUUCAAGUAAAAGAAUUUUGUGUUUUGGUCAUAAUAUAUAGCGAAUGUUUGGAUGAGUGUUAAUUUUUAUUUGUUAGGCAAGGAAACUAGUUUUGUGUUGGAAUUUGGAUUUAUCCUAAGGAUUAUCUGUGUAUCUGACAUGGAUUAAAUUUUGGGAAAAAUAACUUGUAUGUUAUUAUGACAAUUCUGGAGUUAAUGAAAAAAAAAGAUCACAACUACGGGGCACCACCACCUCCCACACCGCCUCAGACACCUCCAAUAGUCACACCAACGGUAAAAGAGAGCGUUGAGGUUAAGGAGGAGAUAGUAGUCACGUCUGAUAUUCCCACUGUGCCAACAGUGUCUCCAAUGACACCGGAACCAUUACAGGAUGAAGAUGUUGAUGAUCCUACUCGGUGUAUAUGUGACUUUGUACAUGAUGAUGGUUACAUGAUUCAGUGUGAUAAGUGCAGUGUGUGGCAGCAUAUAGUGUGUAUGGGAUUGGACCGAGAUAGUAUACCGGAUGUUUACUUCUGUGAGGUUUGUCGACCUAGAUCUGUGGAUCGGGUCAGGGCUAGAGAAUUCCAGAUCAGGAAACGAGAAUUCCUUAAAUCACUUGUCAUCAAGUCACAUGAUUCAAGUACAGACACAGAUCCGGAAGAAGUUAAUAAUAGGUUGAAGGCGUAUGGCCUUGACCCGCCUGGAUCCAAAAACAAGCAAAAAAUGAAACUGAAAAAGAGGAAAGAGCGAAGUAACUCUAAAACUGGAAAGAGGCUUAAAAUUAAAGAAAUGAAAACAGAGAAAGAGAACACCAGCUGUGAAAUGAACAGAAGAAAUAAACUGCUUGUGAAAGAUUUCUCAUCAAGAACAGCUCAAGUAAAAAGAGAAAAGUUGAGUAAAAAAAUAGAGAAGAUGCGAGCUGAGCGGUUAAGUAAGGAAAUGAAAGAAGACAAGUUCAGUAGUGACGACCUUAGGGAGGAUGAGAAAAUCAUAAACACAAUAAAUACCAUCCCGGCACCACUAAUACAGGAUGAAAAUGCACAGAACCCAUGGGAUAUGAACACAUUUAAUGAAUGGGAACAAAGUUACGAAGUUGCUCGUUACAACCAGUAUACUACGUACGUUCAGGAAUAUCUCAACUCAACAUGUAUUAAUGGUCACCAUAAUGAUAUAGCCGACCUUGUGACUGACGGGCUGCGGGUACAGCGCUGUCGGGUCAAGGCCUUGAAAAACAAGAGAAAGGGAUUAGAAUCAUCUUGCUCCAUACCUAAUGGUCAGCCUGUAAUAGAAGUGAUUGGUAAGAUUAUGACUAGGCAACAGUAUGAUAAAGACAACUUCGGACAGAGACAAUUGAGUCCUUUUGUGUUCUUCUAUGGCACUGUGUUUGACCUUGACCUGGUAAUAGAUGCUAGUGACUAUGGUAAUGAUGCAAGGUUCAUUAGAAGGUCAUGUCAGCCAAAUGCUGCUGUUCACCAUGUAGUAGCAGGAGGUCAAGCCCAUUUUAUUGCUGUAGCAUCAAAGGAGAUAACUGAGGGGUGUGAAAUCACUAUACCAUUUGAUUAUGAUUAUAAAAAAUGGAAUUACUGCGUAGAAUGUGCAUGUUUACGUAACAACUGUCCGGUCUCGAGGUUUCAGAAGAGAAGACUCCGAUUCCAGAAGUUACAACAACAAAAUGGGAGCUCACCUAGCAAGAAAUUCCACAAGCAUGAUAAGAUACCAAAGUUAACUAUCAAGACGCCAGUGAAAUCUCCUACAAAGUCCCCUGUAAAAACUCCAGUACAGACUCCGGAGAAGGUAGAAGUGAGCUCGCCCACACCAACGCCUACCCCUGAGACCAUUCAUGUAAGCCCCCAGAUGCCAAGCCCCACAAAGAUGGUACGGCGAUCGCAGGUGUCCCGACAGAACUCUAGCAAUGCAAGUACGCAAGCUUCUAGUGGAAGGGUACGAUCACUGAGAGUUCCCUCACAGAAUUCGGAUGACAACAGUGUUAAUGAGUCUCUCACUGUACCAGAACCAUCGUCCAUGCGUUUUUCUGAGACUGAUCAUCUAACAUCACCAGAAGCUGUCAGUGACUCAAAUAAGGACAGUGUCAACAACUCGGAUACACCGAAACCAGAAGAAAAAAGAAAGCUUACUCGGGAAGAGCGAAAGAUGGAGGCAAUUAUGAAAGCUUUUGAGAAAAUGGAGAAAAGAAAUGCAAGGAAGGCAAGUCAGGAUCAUUGUAAAGUGAAGACACCUCAAGAUCCGGUAAAGGUAAAAGAUCCCGAGCAGCCAUUCAAGGAGAAAGAGAAAGAAGAACAAGGACCAAAAAUGAACCCAAAGAAGAAAGAGAAAGUGGUAAAAAAAGUGGAGCCACAAGUUGUUGUGAAGGAAGAACCAAAGGCCUGCAGUGAACUGGAAGUGAGUGUUGCCACUCCAGAGAAGGUAACUGUGCCCCAGUGUAAGGUUGAGGCAAGUCAUGAGAACAUGGAAGUAGAUGUGGAUACUGGUGUAAAACAGGAACCUGAGGAAGUUAAAGAAGAAGAGAGGACAAGGCCAAAUCUCCGAGAGAGACCCCCACCACCACCUAAAACGAAGAAGGCAAAGAAAACAGGUGGCAGAAGGUGGGUUAUGUCUUAUUCUACUAAGAAAAGGAGAGUUAGAAACACGAGUGGAGCAGGAAGUUUGAGUACAGAAACACCAUCAGAGUCCAAUGAGGAGAACAGUAACAGCGCUCCACCUCAAGCUGCUAGCUGUCCUGUCACACCAGCGGUACAGUUAGAGUCCACUACAGCACCUCCAUCUUUCCUCUUACGUAAAACAAAAAGACAUUUAAUGAAUGAAUGGUUAACUGAGAAGAGUUUUGAGACAACCAAAUCUGAACCUUUAGAGGUGGCUGUAGAAGAGGACAAUAUGUUUGUUACAUGUCUGCCAAGUCCACGCAAUUCCAUGGACAGGUUUAGACGAAACAGUGCUUCUGCUGGAGUGAGGGAAAGAUCAUCUUCUCUUCUUGUGGAGACAAGUGCUGGAUCUGCUAAGAAGCGUUGGUUGAGACAAGCAAUGGGAGAAGGGUCAAACGAAAGUAGUGGUAUGUCAUCCCCGGUCCCAGCAUCUGGGGGCAUGAGCCCAAAUCCGCAAGCGACAAUGCCAAGUCCGGGAGGUUCUCCACCUAUUGAUUUUGUAACUCCUUUAAAGAAGCGACGUCUGGCUAGAGAAUCAUUGUCGCGGGAAUCAAACGAUUCCCCUGCCCAAACUCCAACACCAGUUACACAAGCAGCUACCAGUUAUUUUGCAAGUUUAAGCGAAACAUUUGAGAACUUUAAGAAUAAAAAUGGUUUCAACUCCUUGUUUUCUCCACUGAAAUCCUCUGACAUUGACACAGAGGUCAAAUCUGUGCAGAAAUGUGAAGUAAGUGCGAUGCCUGGAUGUAGUCAGGUGGAGGUUUCUAGUGGUGAAGAUGUGCAUAAUGAAGUAGCAGGACCUUCUCACUGUAGUAAUGACAAUAUGGAGGUAAUUCCGGACAAUUCAGCAGAUAAAAACAUUGUAGAAAGUGAAAUAGUUGACGGUAAGGAGAACGUGAGUUCUUGUGCAGAAAUGGACUGCUCUGUUCAGUGUGACACGGGUACGGACGUCUGUCAUGGUAAUUCUGUGAUGGAUAAUCAGAUCUCAAAUGUGACAUCGGAAGUGGAAGAGUCUCGAACAGUUGAUAGUGAACAAAUGAAUGUCUGUGAUCGCAGAGAUAAAAGUGCUAAUUCUGAACCUGACAGUAGUGACAGCGUGUGCCAAGGUUCAGAAUCUGUUCAGGAGGAUGUUGAGUGUGACAGUGGUACUAGUGGAUCUCAAACUGUUGCUGUAGAAACAGGUAGUGAAGUAGAUAGUACCGAAACAAAUGUUCGACUCAGUGAAGUGGAAAGUAUGUCUGAGAACACCACUCAGUGUGAUAGUUGUAAUAGUGAACGAACAAACUCGACAGUGUUAGACACAAGUACUGUACCAGGACCAUCUAGUGUUUCAGAUAGUAAAGUGUGUGCAUCAUUGGAUAGAAGUAAUUUACUUGGACAGUCUAAUGUCUCGAGUAAUUUACCUGGACCAUCUAGUGUAACAAGUGUUUCAGAUAAUAAAGCAUGUGCAUCUUCAUCUUUAUCCUUGUCAUCACCACCAUUAGUACUUAAUAAUGUAAUAGACAGUAGUAGUUUUACAAAUAGAACUAUAUUGGAUAGAUUGACACAAGUUGAUUCUAGCACAGAUCAACCUAGAAUUAGGAGGAAUAGUGUUUCUGGAUCACUUUUAUUAGAAUCUGCUGUUACAUCAAAUUCAUCAAAUAUUUUGUCAACAGAUCACAACAUUCUCCACCCAACGGUACACAACACACAUGAAUCUUUAGAAAAUGAAGUUUCCAAUAGCUUCGCCAUUGACAAUGUUGGAUCUAACGCAAACAGAAAUCUUGUAGGAAGUGUUAAUUUUACAGACCCAUUUUCAGUUACAUCCAAUAGUUCUUCUGACAUUGCACCAAUGCCAAAUCGCCAUCUAAAAUUCUUGAGCGAUAGCAGUUACAGUGCUGAUAUGACUGUGGAUUCUACAACACAGUUUGUAUCAAAUGUUGGAACAAGUAACUUAUUAAAUUCAUCAGUUUUGCCAGGAAUGGUGGGGUACGAUUCAGAUUCUAUGGAUGUAACAUCGGCUUCAGAGACCGGAAUCGGUGCUGGGUAUGACGAGUCAAGACGAGGUAGUGAGGAUUCUCUCACUGGGUUUCUUGAGCCCAUGUCAAGUACGAGUAACGAUUCUUCACAAUUGCCUAAAGAGAAGAAAAAGGUUAGCUUACAGGAAUAUUUGAAGAGAAAGAAGGAAAAAACCUGUACAUCUGGCACUCCUGUGUCACCGUCAAUGUCUUCGUCAAAUUCAGCACCAGUUGCUGGACCUAGUAAAGUGUCGACAGUGUCCAGUACAACAACAACAUCGCCACUGAAACUUGCUAAUCCUAUUACUUUGAAAAAACUUGACGAGAAACUCCCCCCACUUCCUUCACUUCCAUCAUUACCCAUGUUUGAGAAAACUGAACGAAAGGAGUUUAAAAGUUCAUCUGAUUUGCUGUCUCCGAUAUUUAACCGUGAGAAGAAACAGGAGGAAGUGAGAAAACCGAUGAGUCUUUCUGAGAGACUGCGACAGGAGUUUGGGCUAGAUGACAGUACUGACGAUACUGAUGCCGAACAAACUACUGACCAGACUGUGAAGGGAACAACUAAUGGUAAUGGAGGUGAUGUGCCGCCCCCACCUCCUCCGCCUCCACAGAGUUCAAGGUCAUCAAGAAUGACAAACGGAGGUGGCGUCCAGUCUCUUCUCAACAUAAAGACGUACCCAAGUUCUUCAUUAAAAGCUGGUGUAGAAUCAGCAUCGGCUGCAAUGGGUGGACCAUCUAGUGCUGUACCAAAGAUGGUUCCACCUCCACCUGGAGGCCUGAAAAAUAACAUGGGCGUGGCUGUACCUAGUAUGGUGCCGCCUCCAAACAGUAAACCCCAUCUCACUUCUACCCUGCAGGCACCUCUCUCUAAUCUGCUGUCAAAUGUGAAAAAUCCGCAGAAACUUCAAAAUGAUCUCACAGCACAAUUGGCUGCUAUAAAAGCUCAGAUAAGCAAAGUUCAGAAAUCACUGCCAAAUCCAUCAUCAUCUGCGAGCUUAUCUUCAAGUGUAGAUCAGCUGGGUACCAGCACAAGUGCAAAUGGGAUUUCAUCAUCUGGUUCCAAACCACAAGUGUUUGACUAUGGGCAUCAGUCGGGCACAAACUUCCUCAGGCAAAAUUCUCAUCCGAGUAGUAGUAGUUCAAGUAAAAACUUUCAAAGCUACAAGAAGUCGUCACCGUCAGCGAGCUUUGGUAAAGUCUCGCCACGGAUGAAGGUGUCACCAACAUUGUUAAAUCAUUCAUUCAAUAACUCGAACAGUCAUUCACAAAAUGGACCCGGGAACCAGUCAUAUAAUAAUCAUAGAGACUUGUCACCAUCAUCAUGGAACCAGAAACGUGCUACAUCUUCUAAUAAUCAUUCAGUUAGCAGGAAACCGUUUUCUAAACAAACAUCACAUAAGUACUGAUUCAGAGGAGUUUUUGCUUAUUUAUACUUUAGUGGAUAGAUCAAUUAAAUUGUUCAAACAUUUGUUAGUGGUUAAAGACUGUAUAAAUGUUAAGGAGUCUUAGAUGUGCUUUUUUUAUCAUGUAAAAAUGAUAAAGCUUUGUAGAUGAUUUUAUUUUCAUGUCUUUUUAUAUACAUGUUUUUUUUUCUGUGUGUAAUAUGGGGAAUAGUUCAGACUCAGCACUGUAGAGGGAUAGGUAGAGAAUUAAAGGCAGCAAUGUUUACAAUUUGUUAAUAGUUUGUAAAGUAAAGCCAGUUUCAAAACUUGUUAUUUCGUAUUGUUGUUAUAAUUGCUCAUUUAUGUUGUAAUAGCUAUCACAUUAAAUGCUUCAUUCUUUUUUUUCUAAGAAAGAUGCUUUACAAACUUUACUUCACUGAACAGUAUAAGAUAUUUGCUUUUUGUCAGUUUAUGUACUAUUGAGGUAACAUUUCUACAUGUCUCAUAAAAUGUGACGGAGAAAAAACAGGUUUUUAUACAGUGUUUUAUGUGUAUUUCAUUUCAACUUGUAAAUAAUCGCAUUACAAAAGUAUUUAUUGUUGUCAUUAAUAAAGUAGUGUUUUUAUGGGGAAUUAAAGUGCACAGGGUUAUGGAAACACUUUCUUGUUAUUAAGGUGGAACACAUUGUGAAAUUUGGAAUUAAGUAGAUACUUUGUUUUUAUUGUUGGAUUUAGAAAUGGGUUUUAAAAUUUACUUUCAAAGAGUGGUUGUUUACCGAGAAGAAAAAAAUUCCACAGAUUGCUUUUGUGAAAAUGCCAAGGGGAAAUAAUCCAUUAGUAUAGCAAAAACUGAUAGUAAUUAUAUAUAUCUUUUAGGACUUGAUGCAAUGUUUGUAGAGAUAUUUGUAUCAAGACCUCACAAUGUGUGUUACACAGUUUAUGUAAAUAAUAGCUUCUAAAAACAACAAAGCUGAUUCAUUUGAUACCAACACUUUCCUCCCAUUAUAUCUGUCGGUAUAUCUAUCCAUCUGUAUGUCUGUCUAGUAAUUUACCCACCUGUGGUCUCUCUUGUUUUUGAUAACCAAUUUUGUAAUUAAUUAAAAUGUAAAAAAAAAUUGUAAGAAUCUGAAAUAUUUAUUCUAUUUAUUCUACAAAGAAAAUAUAUAAUUAAAAAUUUAUAAUCUAUAUUUUACAUUGAUGCUAAAUUUGUGCAAUUUUUAUUUUGUUUAAAUAUUUCGUCCCUUUUUCUUUUUCUGUCCAAAGUUGCUUUGACUUUUUAACAGUGUGUCAAGUUUGAAUCAACUUUGUUGGAAAAUAUCUGUAUAUAAUGAGCAAAGAAGAAAAAUAAACUUUAACAUAUAGAGAAAUGUCUAUUUUUGUACAUGUACAUAUUAUUAUCGAGAUAGAUCAUUUUGUUUGACGAGCGAUGUGUUAAGUAGGGCAUUUGUUUUUGUAUAUUUUCGUUGGAUAUAUUUAACCUUCUUCUGUCGUGUUGUUCAACAAUCUUGGUUGUACUAUAGAAAAUUUGUGUUUGAGAGGUUGCUACGUCAUUUAUGUUUACACAAGUUUUUCAGAAGAGAUAACAUAAUUUAAAAUGUAAAUGUGAUGUGAAGAAAACUUAAAAACAUCUUAAUUGAUAAACAGUUUAACUAGAAAUGUCAAAAGUCAAAUGUACCUCAAGUUUUACACAAAAUUUUACAGAUGUCAAAAUAAAUGAAUUCUUCAGUUUUUACAUGUAUCAGGUCUCGAUAUUCUAUUAUUUGUUAACAUAUAUCCAAAGCUCUGAUGUUAUUGAAAUACUAUAGUUUGCUGCAGUGUCAAAAUUUGAUGAUUAGGUUCUUUAUAGAAAUUCUGUCAAAAAAGAAAAGAAGAUAGUGUGUCUAAUUCUCAUCAUUAUUUCAUGUAUACAUCAGUUUUGAGAUUAGUUUAUGUGAUCUCGUAACGGGCGUAGCAACCUCUCUUUACACUUGGUGACCUGUAACUUACUCAUCAUUAUGUUAUCUGACAACACACUUUUACCAGUGACGGUGCAUUAGACACAACUUUGCUGUAGGGGGGCAUAAAAUACCAUAUUCUGUUGUAUUUGUUUUUACAAGAAAGCCUUGCAGCUAUUAUUUUAUUUCUCAAUUUUUAGUGUCUGUUUUACAUUCAGUUAUAACAAUAUAUUACAUAUGUUUAACUUUACCUCCAAAAUAAUUAUCACAAAGAAAAUCAUAAAUAAUGUUUACAAUUUUGAUGCAUUGGUCAAUUUUUGUUCUUCUUGUUUGGUGUUUUUUCUCACUCGAGUUAAUAUUCUUUGAAGAUUUGUGAAAUUAUAAAUUGAUAGACUUAAUACUUUGCAAAAGAAUUUAAGAAAAAGUAUUGAUAUAUUGCUACAGAAUUAGAAAGAAAUAUUGUAUUAAAGUUUUUCAGCAGUAUUAGUGCUAUAGAUGAGUAUACAAAGUUGAAGGUCAUUAUAAUAAUUACAUGACUUGUUUAAAUACUUUUGUACAAUAAAUUAUUGAACGUAAUAUUGAUGGUACAAGAUGUAUGUAGUAUUGGUGAAAUUUUUCAUGUUUUGAAAUAUUCAUGAUUAGUUUCAGUUAUAUUAAUUAAAAUAAAUGACUAUUUAGAUAACCACAUUUUUUUACCAGUUCAAGUUUUUGAUGCUAAAAAUAGAAAUAUAAUAAAUUUAAUACAGGAAUUGUCAUUAACUUCAAAGUUUUAAGUAUGAAUAUUGGAAAUAUGUUUAAAAAAUGAAAAAUAAAUGUCUUUUUUAUCUAUUUUCAAUAUAAGAAUACUUGAUUUUUGAAAGUGAAAUACAUACCCCUGAUAGUUUAUUUUCUAUAUUUUCUAAAGUCCUUUCAUUUGGUGGACAUAUAUAUUUUCCCUUAUAAAUGUAGAUUACAUAGUAUUUAUAAAUUACAUCUCUAUGACAUGAACGUACUUGGAUGAUUUAUUAACAUUAUAACUCUGAAUUUAUUUAUUUUUUUGAAACAGUUCAUUGGAAGAGAUUUCAGGCUAUAAUUGAACUACCAAAGAUUUUAAAUCUAUGUUGACCUGGCUCUAUACUGUUGGUAAAUGCUAAUCAGUUAAAGUUCCAGCCGAAAUAUUGUUAAUGAAUUAAUAAACUGUGUCCUGAAAAUUGGACUUUGAUAUGUUUAAUAUACAUCUUUAAUACAAAACAAGAAAAGAAAUCAUUUAUGCAUUUAUAAGGGAAAUAAUUAUGAUCCAGUUGUUUGUAGGUUUUUGUUUCUUUCUUUCUGGUAAUAUAACAUUUGAAUACAACACUUGAUUGUUCCUACAUUAAAAAUCACUGACAGACCGAGGUGUAUAGUUGUUGUAUGGUAGCUUUGUGAACAGCUCUAUAUAUUGUACUGUAUAGCUCAUUGGUUUGAAGACAGAUACAUAAAACACUAUGUACUGUACUAAUAACUAACCUAUUGAAAAAUAAAUGAAAAUUAUACUA